CCUUGCUCGCCUCACGCCUCUCGCGCCCCUCGCGCCUCCGGCGCCGCCGCGCGCUCCAGAUCAAUUGAACUUGGAAAACUGCUGAAGACAGAAGAUUCACAGAAAAAUCAAAAUGCCGAAGCCAAUCAAUGUAAGAGUAACUACCAUGGAUGCAGAGCUGGAAUUUGCUAUCCAGCCCAAUACAACUGGCAAACAACUAUUUGACCAGGUGGUGAAAACAGUUGGCCUGCGUGAAGUCUGGUUUUUUGGGCUACAAUAUGUCGAUAGUAAAGGCUAUUCAACAUGGCUAAAACUAAAUAAAAAGGUAACACAGCAAGAUGUAAGAAAAGAGAAUCCUCUGCAGUUCAAAUUUCGAGCUAAAUUCUUUCCUGAAGAUGUGUCUGAAGAACUAAUUCAAGAAAUAACACAGAGACUUUUCUUCCUACAAGUUAAAGAAGCAAUCUUAAAUGAUGAAAUAUAUUGCCCUCCUGAAACUGCUGUUCUUUUGGCUUCCUAUGCUGUCCAAUCUAAAUAUGGAGAUCAUAAUAAGGAAAUUCAUAAACCAGGCUACCUGGCUAAUGAUAGACUCUUACCUCAACGAGUGUUGGAACAGCACAAGCUGACAAAAGAACAGUGGGAAGAAAGAAUACAAAACUGGCAUGAAGAACACAGAGGGAUGUUAAGGGAAGAUUCAAUGAUGGAAUAUCUGAAGAUUGCGCAAGAUCUGGAAAUGUAUGGUGUCAACUAUUUUGAAAUAAAGAAUAAAAAAGGAACCGAAUUAUGGCUAGGUGUUGAUGCUUUGGGUCUGAACAUUUAUGAGCAUGAUGACAAGUUGACUCCUAAAAUUGGUUUUCCUUGGAGUGAAAUCAGAAAUAUUUCAUUUAAUGACAAAAAAUUUGUCAUAAAGCCAAUUGACAAAAAGGCACCUGAUUUUGUUUUUUAUGCACCUCGCCUGAGAAUCAAUAAACGAAUUUUGGCUUUGUGCAUGGGAAACCAUGAGCUCUACAUGAGAAGAAGAAAGCCUGAUACAAUUGAAGUACAACAGAUGAAGGCUCAGGCUAGAGAGGAGAAACAUCAGAAGCAACUGGAAAGGGCACAACUAGAAAAUGAAAAAAAGAAAAGGGAAAUAGCAGAAAAAGAAAAGGAGAGAAUAGAGAGAGAAAAGGAAGAACUGAUGGAACGUCUAAGACAAAUUGAAGAGCAAACAAUGAAAGCUCAGAAAGAACUAGAAGAACAGACUAGAAGAGCUCUAGAAUUGGACCAGGAACGGAAGCGAGCAAAAGAGGAAGCAGAACGGCUAGAGAAGGAACGUCGAGCUGCAGAGGAAGCCAAGGCUGCUCUAGCCAAGCAGGCAGCUGACCAGAUGAAAAAUCAAGAGCAGCUAGCAGCAGAACUUGCUGAAUUCACUGCCAAGAUAGCACUUCUAGAAGAAGCCAAGAAGAAAAAAGAAGAGGAAGCCUCAGAAUGGCAACACAAAGCUUUUGCAGCCCAAGAAGACUUGGAGAAGACCAAAGAAGAACUGAAAACUGUAAUGUCUGCCCCUCCUCCACCUCCUCCCCCACCAGUCAUUCCUCCAACAGAGAAUGAACAUGAUGAACAUGAUGAGAAUAAUUCUGAAGCUAGUGCUGAACUGUCUAAUGAUGGUGUUAUGAACCAUAGAAGUGAGGAAGAGCGUGUUACAGAAACACAGAAAAAUGAACGUGUGAAGAAGCAGUUACAGGCUUUAAGUUCAGAAUUAGCCCAAGCCAGAGAUGAAACAAAGAAAACACAAAAUGAUGUACUUCAUGCUGAGAAUGUUAAAGCAGGCCGUGAUAAGUACAAGACUCUACGGCAGAUUCGACAAGGCAAUACAAAACAGCGUAUUGAUGAAUUUGAAGCAAUGUGAGAGCUGUUAUUUUUGCAUAUAUGUUCUUCAUAAGCUGAACCACCAACAGAGAAAACAGGCCUUUGCAGAUUUGAUGGAUUGCAUCCCACCUUGCCAAAGUGCUUAUACCAGUUUGACUGCGGUGGUUAAAAAAGACAAAUUUAAGGGAAUCUAUUCAACAUUAAGGCAGUAUGACAUUAUGCUUAUUAUUUGUUUUCUUUUCUCUUUCUUUUUUGCUGAGGACUGAAGAAGCAUGUUCCAUUACCUGUCACAUUUUUCCAUUUUUUAUUUUCCCAUUUGAAGAUUUACACUAACAGUGACUGACAAAUGUGUUUGUUUGAUCUUAGCACUUUGAGAAUUUAAAAGAAUUCAUAAGUGGAACUUAUGGAUGUUGAGGUAGAACACUUCGUUUUCUCUUCUUUCUUUCAUAUUCCUUUUUUAUAUUUCAACAUGACCUUACUCAUCUAGUCACCCAUCUACCCACACUUUUCUUUUAAUGUCCUUUCUGCCAUACAUCUAAGAGUUUUGCCUUUAUAUAAAUCACUGACUUUAAAUCUUUUAUGAAUGAGGGUAGGAAGCAGGGUGGGGAGUCUUGGCCCAGUGUAUAGAGAAUGUAAACAAAUCAUAUAAAAGACCAUAUCUGAGUAGUGUGGUGUGCUGCUUUUUUUUUUUUUUUUUUUUUUUUGCCUUCUGAUUCACAAAGAUCUAGACAGCAAGACAGUAAUUCUAAAAGAGAACUUACAGAUAGAACACUAUCUGCAAGUAAUGCACUACUUAAAAGCUUGAACAAUAAUAAUAAUAUUCUUCAAAUAUAUGCCUUACUAUGAAGAGCAUAUAUUUACUCAUAAUUUAUUUGGAUUGACAAAAACCUGGGUCUUUCUGGCAAAGGGAGCAUUUGAAAACAUCAGUCUUAAAGAAGGAGGCAGUUGUAUACUACCUCACCACUAUAUACAUGAUUGGUCUUUCAAACAUCAUAUAAAACGAGUGUGGAACCCAUAAAUUUAAUAAUUCAUAGUGAUUCACAAAAAAAGAGGCUUCUUCAGAAAAAGAUUUUCUUUUUCUUCAGGAGAUUUUGUUUUGCUCAUUGUUUAACUGCCUUUUUGUUGAGUUAAAUUGUAAAAGUUUAUGAUUUGUAUUAAGCGUGUAAGCUCUCACUGGUAUAUUCUUACAGAGAGAGAGAGAGAGAGAGAGUGAGAGUGUGUGUGUGUGUGUGUGUGUGUAGUACUGUCCUUGAAUUAGAUGAAGAAAAUUUAUAGUUCAGUUUUUUGGCACAAUUAUUUCAUGAUCACUUAGGCGUACUUAGAAUCUGAAUCAUUAUGCUUGUUUUUGCAAAUCUGUUAAUGAGAAGACAUCAAUUGUUAAUCAUGUUUUAGUGUGUUAUAUUUAGUUUAUAUUAUUUCAGUUAUGUCCUUCUGAAAUCAUAAAAACUAACAUGGUCUAAAUUGUUUUUCUUCAUUGUAAAGUGCCCAUAUUUGGAGUUAAGGAAGAAAAAAAAAAGCCUUAUUUUUUCUGAGGGUGGUUCAGCUACCUUCCGUUUGGUAUUAUGCACUCAUACUUACAUUUAUCUACUAAUAUUGCCAUUUUAUUAAACAUCUUUCCAUGCACAGUAAGUUCAGUUUAUAUCUGAAAAGUUCUCUUGUGCUUUUUUUUUUUUUUUUAAUUUAUGCUGACUUCAAAAAAGGAAUAAUUUGGGCAGAUGUCAUGAUAAGGAAAAGUUGUAUUUAAUAUAUUUUAGCUUUAUGGGAUUGAAAGUAGAUGGUUAACUUUGAAAUGACUGGUAUGCAAGCAUGGUGCACAUGCUUCAAAAUUUUGCUUGGUAGAAGAGAGUGUUCCCUGCUACAGUAUGACUUGGAGCACUUCAAAAGAACAUUGAAUAGAUCCCAAGUUUGGUUCACUGAAGCAUAAGCAUUUAUCCAUUUUUCCAAAGUUUUGCCAUAGCAGGUGAAAUACUGUGCCUCCAGUGGAUUCUGGGUCUCCUUCCACCUUGAAAUAAAUACACCAACAUUGAUGUCAGCUAAAUGUCAAUGUUGAAAAAUUACUGGUGAUAGUUGCUGUUCAUCUGUGUUACAUAAAUUUGAAUUAAAAUGGAUAGACCUAAUCAAUUUAUAAAGCUGUCUGAAUUUUUCUAACAUAGGAACAACCAUUUGUAAUUUGGGUUUUUCAUAAUCAAAGCAGUGUAGAUUCUCACUCACCAUUGGGAGCACAUGCUCAUUCAGCCAUGUUAAGAAAACAUUAUUAAUCAUUUGAUAAAGUAAAUUUACCUUAUGCUUUUUGCCCUUAGUGAGAAUUUAGCAUCAUGAUUCUGUGUUGUUCAAUUAAACUACAAUUACAUCUACUAUUUUGGAUAACAUUCAUUGGUUAAAAAUAAAGAGAUUAAAAGUUCAUGCCUUCAAGGUCCACUGUUGUUAUUUAUUACUGAAAUCACACCUCUUUUUUUGACUUGGAAGUGAGGCCAGUGACUGAUUACUAGUUCUCAAUAGAUAAAUAGGCUCUUUUGACAACUAAACUAAAUCUGGCUGAAUUCCAGCCCUUGCUUUAUUGUAAAAUGUUUGGGCCCUUGUUGUGGAAGGUCAGUUUCAUUGUCAUUAACUCAUUUCAUUUAUUAAAGUAUAAAAACACUCUUUA